AUGGGAAGCGAUGGGUCGUACGCCAGGGAUGCGUCCCGCCCGGACUUUGAGACCGAGGUCGUCGUCGUGGGCACGGGGCCGUCUGGAGGGUCUAUCGCCUCGUUUCUGGGAUCUCAUGGAAUCAAGGGAAUCAUUGUUGGCGCGACGUCUACAACGGCAGAGACGCCGCGGGCCCAUUUGACAAACAUGGCAGCGAUGGAAUGUCUCCGCGACGUUGGUGUUGAGGACGAAUGCCGCAAGCUGGCCAGCCCCAAAGACAGCCUGAUGCACACGAGAUUCGGGUACAGCAUGGCCGGCGAGGAGUACGCGCGACUUUACUCGUGGGGAAACGGUCCUCUGAUCGAAGGCAAAUACAAGGACGCCAGUCCCUGCGACCCGAUCGACCUCCCCCAGACGCACCUGGAGCCGAUCCUCAUCCGCAAGGCGACGACCAGCGGCUUCAUCUGCCGCUUCAACACGGAAUUUGUCAGUUUCGAGGACCACCGUGCGCGAGGGUACGUCGACGUGCUGGUCAAGGACCUCGUCUUCAACACCCUCCACACCAUCCGGUGCAAGUACCUGUUCGGGGCCGACGGCGCGCGCAGCAAGAUCAUCGCACAGCUGGGCCUGCCGCUGAAGCAGAAGCCCGGGGGCGGCCUGGCGUGGAACGUGCUCGUGAAGGCCGACCUGAGCAAGCACAUCCAGAACCGCAAGGGGAAUCUGCACUGGUGCUACCAGCACGACCUGGAGCACCCGGACUUUGCCUGGAUCGGGUUCCCGCGCAUGGUCAAGCCGUGGCACGAAUGGGUCUUCAUCAUGUUCCCCGUCCAGGGGUACCAGCCCAACCCGCCGCCCACGCACGACCAGUGGAUGAAGCGCAUCAGGCAGAUGAUUGGCGACGACGCGGUCGACGUCGAGAUCCUCAACGUCUCCAAGUGGAUGAUCAACGACAUCGUCGCCGAGAAGUAUUCGAGCGGCAACGUCUUUUGUCUCGGCGACGCCGUCCAUCGCCAUCCACCCUCAAAUGGUCUGGGGAGCAACACCUGUAUCCAGGACGCGUAUAAUCUGGCGUGGAAGAUUGCAUACGUUCUAAAAGGUCUCGCUGGGCCCGAGUUGCUCGAAUCGUAUGACAAGGAACGACAACCUGUCGGCGAAGCCAUUGUUGACCGAGCAUUCCAAGGCUACCUCGACCACCUCCCUCUGUGGAAAGCGGCGGGAAUCCUGGCCCCCGACGCAGCGACUCGCGUCGCCGAAUUCGGGAAACUCGUCGACGCGACGCCCGAAGGCCGAGAGCGGCGCAAAGCGUUCUUCAAGGCAGUCCAGGGGACCCGGUUCGAGUAUCAGGGGUUGGGCAUCGAGAUGAACCAGCGCUAUCAGUCAUCGGCCGUCUACCAAAUCGACCAAGGCCCGAUGCCCUCGUUCGAAGGCGACCCCGUGCUCGACCACACAAAGUCGACGUACCCGGGCUCACGUCUGCCGCACGUCUGGCUCAACAAGCCCAUCCCCGAAACACCGAUCCCGCUGCUCGACCUGGUCGGCCACGGACGGUUCACCCUCCUCACAGGCAUCGGCGGGGACGCGUGGAAGACGGCCGCAGCCGAUGCGGCCACGGUGCUGGGAAUUCCCCUGGUCGCGUAUUCGAUCGGCUGGAGGCAGGACUACGAGGACAUGUACCUCGACUGGGAGCGGGUCAGGGAGGUCGACGAGGACGGCUGCAUCCUCGUCAGACCGGACCGGUUUAUCGCGUGGCGGAGUUUCGGGCCCGUGGAGAAGCCGGCGGACGUGUUGAUACAUGUUCUCAAAACGAUUUUGUCGCGGGAUAAGGGCCGGUGA